UCCUGUUGACAUAACCCCGUUGAUCAAAGCAGUCCCCCAGCUGCUGCAAGCCAGUUCCUGUGGCUCGUGGUGGAAUUCACUCAGCGGCUCCGGAGCUGGUAAAUAUAAAACGUCUGGUCCUCGGGUGGGAGCUGCAUCCUGGAAAAGGCUGCUGAAAACUGCUGCCUCUGCCAGUGCUAAGCCAGGCGCUAUGGAACCAGGAACAGUCCCUACAGAAGACCCCAGAGACCCGAGAGCCUGCCGCAAAGUCAGGGGCCUGGAGACGGACCUGGAGACUAGCUCAGGUGGAAAGCCGGCCCGCCAUCAGAAGGCCAUCCCCAAAGCUCACCUAACUUUCAUUAUCGACUGUACGCGUGGGAAACAGAUCUCCCUGGCAGCACUCCCAGGGCCACCCCGCGUCCCUAGUCCCAACCUAGGACCUGUCAUCCCUCCAAUGAAGACUUACAUCUUGUUAUGUGGAGAAAACCGGCCCCCCCAUGUAACUCAGGAGGCUCCCCUAGGUGGGGGAGGGCUUGCCCAGACCAGGGGCCCCCUGCCACCCUGCAGAGAGACUACGGCCCCAGAUUCCUCCCCAGCCAGCCCACUCUACCUCCAGGGGGCUCCUGAAGCCAAGGGGGCCCCUGUGAAGACUGUGUCCUCGAGGUCUUCCGCUUGGGGAACGGUCAUAGUCUCUCUCAAAGCCCUCUCCUCCUGUGUCUGUGCGCAGGCUGAUUAACUGGAAGAGCCUGGCCAAGGGAGGACAGGGCUGGCAACCCAAGCUCCAGAGUUCAGCGGAUGCAGUUCCCGGGGUUCACCCCCUCUUCCCCAGCCAAGCAGAAGUCUUUUGUGCCUGAGCCAGGGAAGGAGCAUUAGAUCCCUAAAGGACAUCUGAAACAGCCAUGAGUAUCCUACUUCUCCAUCCUCUCCAUCUUUGCUCGCCUUUCAGCGGAAGCAGGAUAACGCAACGCCACAUAGAAAGAGACUAAUUCACUAACACAGCAAAUUCUGAAGGCGCAUCUCCCACAUGCCAGGCCCUGCAAAGUGCUAAAGAAGAUACUACAGCUUUCUUGGAACUUGUACUCUUGGGGGUGGGGAAGAAAGGUUAAACAACCUAAUAAAGAUGAUUUUGAACAGUGUAAUGAGUGCUGUGUAGAAACUGAAACAGGGUGCUGGGAUGGAAAAUGAUGGGGCAAAGAGCUUUUCUGAUACAGUGAUUGGGAAAGGCCUCUCUGAGUGGGUAACAAAGUAUGAUCUAAAAGAUGAGAAGGAGCCAGCACUGCAAACCACCCUCCCUAGGGUCACCUGGUUGGCAUCUCAUCCCAGAGCAGGAGUCAGAACCUCCCAGCACAAUGGGCAGGGGUAGCACAUUGCCUGCUGUCAGCUCACGUGCAAGUGUGUAGGUCGCUAGGGAUCACCCGGAGGGCACAGGACUCAGGAUGGGAGAAUCAAGGGCCCAGGUGGGAUGGGAAGUAAGGGGAACUGGCUUCUCAAGAGGGGGCAGAAGUGCUCAGAAAGGGAAUGGAGUAUCAUGUUUGAAUGAAUGAAAAUAAGAGAUAUUAUUUAUUGAGCUGCAUACCAGGCUUAUACUGCCCUCUAGGGAUACAGAAAAGGGGGCUGGGGGCUUUGUCCCUACCCCGCAGGGCAGUCCUGUCCUCAGCAGGAAGUGGGGGUUGCUGUGAGGGGAGGUGUAGGUCUAAGAGAUGCACAGAGCUGUGUGAGAUUCAUCUGAGGAGGAGUGUCUCAAGGCUCUUGGAUUAAAAUUGCUGAAUGUUCGUUUAUUCAAUGACGGUUUUACUAGGUUCCUACAAACACUAGUGGCUAACAUGUACUGACCAUUUGGUCUGUGCCAGGGAAGUGACAUCCUCCAAGUGUCAGUACCAGGAAGCACUGUUUUGUACCCAUUUCACAGAUUAGAGAAUCAAGGCACAGAGAGGUUGAGGAAUGCACUCAAGGUCCCAUAGACUGGUGCAGCUGGGAUUCGAACCCAAGGCAGCCUGGUGCUCAAUUUCUUGCUCUUAACCGUAGAGCAGAUGGCCUCUCGUCCUGGCAGGGUCUCUUCUAAACAGAGGGGAUCUAGAGAGAGCAGACCCUGUCCUCAACGAGCUCACAGCCUGGUGGGGGAGGCAAGAAGAAGGUGACUAUUGCAAUAGCUUCUGGUAAGUGCAACAGUAAGGGCACAGAGAGUGAUGUUGGGGCUGGAGGAGGAUGCCCAGCCCAUUAGGGAGAGGAGAUCAAGGAGGGCUUCCUGCAGGAAGUGGCAUCUAAACUAAAAUCUGACCAGUGAGUGAGUCAUACAAAGGCAAGGGGGCCAGGGUGGGGAGUGUUCCAAGGAGAAGGACCAAAGUUAUUCAGUCUGGCUGGAGUAUUCAUUCACUCACCAAGUAUUUUUUGGGUACCCACUGUGUGCUAAUCUCUGGGCUAGACCCUGGGAUGGAGCAGUGAUAGACAGACAAGGCCCUGCCAUGAAGGAGCUUAUCCUCCACCUGGGGGAGACAAUGCAUGUACACACUCGAAACAGAGGCCGGAGAAGUGACAGGGACCAUAUCAUGUGAGGCCUUGCAGGCCACGAUGGGGUCUUUGUUUUUUGUUUGUUUGUUUGCUUGUUGGUUUUUGGGCAGAGCUGCUUGGCUUGGCUUGGCUUGUGGGAUCUUAGUUCCCUGAUCAGGGACCGAACCUGGGCCCCCCGCAGUGAGAGCACGGAGUCCUAACCACUGGACCGCCAGGAAUUCUCGAGGUCUUUUUAUUUUAUUCUGAGAUGGGGAUCGUUGGAAAUUGUGAGCAGACAGCAACAUGACAUACCUUAAAAAAAAAAAUUCCUUAGCUCUUGCGCUGGGAUAGGAAGGCAGGGGAGGAAGCUGAGGAGGCUGCACCUUAAUCCAGGCAAAGGGGGUGAUAGUCUGGAUUAUGGAGGUGGUGAGAGAAUAGUCUGGACCACAUAUGCCCCCUCCUCUUUCCUCCCCCUGCUGAGAAUCACUGGACUAGAUGAGCCCAAAGACGUCGCUGCAAAGGGAGUUUGAGACCCACGAGGAAAAGUGUGGGGCUGAAGGUCUAGCUUUGCGCCAGAAGGUGUCGCCCUAUCAUCAGAAUGGAGGCACCACCCACUGGUCUGGGUUGGGAGGGUGGGAACCUGCGCGCCAAGGGGCUGGCGCCACGGGGCCAGCCACCUGGUGGGGUCAAGUUUUCAGAAGCCAGACUUUCAUUCUAACCAGCAUCCCUCUCAUCUAGAAAAAUAACUACUGAUAUUUUUAUAUGCACCACAUGCCACCUCAGUUCUCACACUAGACCCAUGAGGUGGGUAUAAUUUUUGUUGCCAUUUUACAGGUGAAGAAACUGAGGCACAGAGAGAUGAAAAGAUUUGCCCAAGGUCACCAACUAGAAAGAGGCAGAGCCCAAAUCCCAAUCCCAGGCAGUGUGACUAUGUAGUCAUAGCAUUAUAACUCUGUACUAUGCUGUAGGUGCUCUGUUCAUGUGUGUUGAAUGAGUGAAGGAAGGAAGAAUGAACAUUCUCCAAGGACCCAGCCUAGGGCCUGGCAGUGUGUAGGGAGUGUUUGGGGGUCGAACACGUGAGUGAGGCCCUCACUGAGCUGGGGGCACACAGGUGCAGGAGAGCAGCUCAGUCUCUUCACCACAGUCCUGUGAGGUGCUGUCCCGUUUUACAGAUGUGGAAACUGAGGCUCGGGUAGGUUAGGCAACUGGCCCAAGGUCACAGAUAGUAAGUGGCAGAGCCAGGGUUGAAAUGGAGGUAGUUCGCCCUCGGAGCUUUACCUACCCACAAUACUGCAGGAACUUACUGAAAAGCUGUUGAGAGAAUGAAUUAACAAAGAGAUGAAAGACUUUACUGAACCAGUGAGUGGAAUGUGUGAAUCAGUGAAUGUGCUUCCAGGUUGACAGUUAUGCCUAAACAGGACUGUGUCCCCAGUGCCCUAAAAGUGCCUGGUACAUAAUAGGUGGUCAAGAAUUGUGUGGGAAGGAAAGAAGGAAGGAAGGGAGGGAGGGAGGGAGGGAGGGAGGAAGGAAGGAAGGAAGGAAGGAAGAGGGGGAUGAAGGGGCAGAUUUGCUGUCCUGCUCUCUCUUCUCUGGCUCCCUGGGGCCAGCAGCCUCGCUUUGUACCCUUUAGGGAGGCACUUCAGAGGGCCCCCACCCAGUCUAGCAGCCCUCAGGCUCCCAUGGAAGGUUGACCCUGUGUCCAGGCCCUGGAGGGCCUCAGAGCUCAGGACUGGCCUGGCUGGCUGCCCAGGGUGAGCCCCAGGCCAGCUGUGCUGACUGUAAACACCUCCUCCCCUGCCCAGAGGCUCCUGCUUCAGGCACCAACCUAGCAGACUCAAGUCACCACGUCCCUCAGGACCCUCUCUUGUUUGAGGGCAGAGCCAGAGGGUGGAAGCUUGGUUUUCCCUGUUCAGAAAACAAGCAGAGAUUUUUUUUUUUUUUUUAAGCACAGAGAUUUUUAACAGGAGGUUAGCAUUUAUCGAGUUUAUACUAAAACACCAUCUCUCUCUGGUUGCUCACAGCAGCCCUGGGAGGGGGUUACCUGAUCUUUGUUUAUGAUAAGAAAUUAAGGCUUCCAGGUGCUUUUCUCCCCCACCUCGACCCCCAGGGCCCAGACAGUCUUCUGAGAGGACCCUGGGGAGCCUACCUUUUAGCCCCGCCUCACCUGCUUUUCCUGGAAAGAAGACCCCAGGUACAGGGCAGCUCCUCUGCCCUACCAGCCCAAGUCUUGGUCUUUUUUUUUUUUUUUUUUGGUUGCACCAGGUCUUAGUUGCAGCAGGCAGGCUCCUUAGUUGCGGCAGGAGGUCUUCCUUAGUUACAGUAGGAGGGUUCCUUAGUUGUGGCUCGUGGGCUACUUAGUUGCAGCACGAGAGCUCUUAGUUGCGGCAUGCAUGUGGGAUCCAGUUCCCUGACCAGGGAUUGAACCUGGGCCCCCUGCAGUGGGAGCACAGAGUCUUAACAACUGUGCCGCCAGGGAAGUCCCCCAAGUCUUGGUCUUGAUGGAGCCAGAGACAGUAUGGGUGAACUGGGGGUGUCAGGAUCCAAGUCUAAAUGAAAUAACAGGGCUCUAAGUGAGCCCUUCUGGGCAUUUUCAAUGCAUGGCAUAUGUGGGCUAGAGUCAACCACCAUGUGCCAAGCCCAUUAAGUGAAUUACAGAACAACCACAGCAGGUAGAUCCUAUUAAGCACCAUUUUAUGGUGCAACGGAGGCACAGAGAGGUUAAGUUACUAACUCAAGAUCACAAACCUCAGAAGUAGCAGAGCCAAGAUUUGAAGCCAGGCGAUGUGACUCCAGAGUCCGCAAUUGAUCCUCCACGCUUUACUGAGGCUUCUUAGCUUUUUAAAAAAUUCUACAAACAUUUACUUAGCUCCUUUCCCAUGCCAGGCUUGGGAGCAAGAGGGCAGAAUAAGGCAUCUUCUGCCAUGGCAGAACUGGGAUCCAAGGCAGACUGGGAAGAGGAUGGGGGCAGCGGGGAGAUGGAGGGGUACAAUGUUGGAGGUGGGUCAGGGAAGGGUGGCGUGGGGAUGGGGUGUUGGUGUGGUAGAGAAGCUCUGCCCUGAAGUUCUGGAGUCCUGGGUCUUCACCUCAUCUCUGCCACUGACUUGCUGUGUGACCCUGGGCAAGAUCCUACCCCUCCCUGGGCCUAGGUCCCACCAUCAAACCAUGAGGAGUUUGGAGUGACUCCCAGAGGACACAGGGCUGGCCAACCAAGCCUCAGGGUCUGCCCUCACCCCCAGGCAUGUGCUCCUUUCAUCUGAAUUUGAGCUUCUUUUAAAGACAAGUUUUGGACCUAGCGUUCCUUGGGCUCUGUCUGUGACUCCGAGCUGGUAGCUCUGUAGGGCUUUCUGGAGGAGGAGGCUUUUGGCCUGGGCUAGGACUUUGAAAGUGAUGGAACCUCCUAAGUCCUCCACACCCCUCUGGCACCACCUGACCUGGACCUUCUUGCAGGUCUCUAGCCCUAGAAGGCUGCAUCUUUUCGACCGCCUCGGCCUCCUGCCCACCCCCACUCCAAAAGCUCUAAGAUGUAGGAGUUCCCCUUCCCUAUACAGGAAGGGAGCAGGGGAGCUGCCUCGGCCCUUUGGUGGUGGGGGACUGAUCUGGGGUGACCCAGCAGAGGACCUUCUAGAGUCACAGACAAUGAUUCAAAUUCCAGCCAUACCGCUUCCAAACUGGGUGACCUUGGGCCAGUUGCUUGACCUCUCUGAACCUCCUGUCCUCCUUGGUACCUACCUUGCGCGCUUGCGAUUGUUGUGGGGAUGAGCAUGUGUUUGGCACACACUAGGUGCUCAAUGGAUGGGGCUGAUAUAAUUAUUAUUCACGGGGUAGGGGCGGGGCCCAGGGCCCGCAGCCAGGCCUAUAUUUAGCCUAGAAAGUGUGGGGGGCCAGUGGAGACAAAGCGUGGCGGCCAGCCCAGGCGCCAGGGGGCGGAGCCAGCGAAAGAAAGCCUGCAGUCCCCACGUCCCCGCCCUCCUCUUCCGCAGGGUCACCUUGGCAGGAGGGCACCUUCACUCUAGACGGUGUCCAGUCCCCAGCGGCCGCUCUGUCCACGGCGCAGCCCUCAUCCUCUAAAACCGGGAUCUGGGGAGGGGGCUGCUGGGUCCUGCGGGGUGGGGAGUAUUCGGCCCCACUGGUGACUUAAGGAAAUGCCCCCUUUCCCAGCCCAGCUUCCUGCCAGCCCGGCCCAGGGAGGGACGCCGCUGGGAUUGGGACGCCAAGGUGAGCCUGACCCCAAGUGGGGGUCGAGGGAGGGGGAAUGCUGGUCCGGCUCCUCCCCCCAACUCCUCGCCGAUGAGUGUCGGGCUGCAAAUAGCCCAGUGGAAUCAGUGAGUCACAGAGGCUGGAAAUACCGCGCCCCCCCCUUCCCUCCCCUCCUUCCGUCUGCACCGAGCUGCGCGGAGGAGCGCCUGGAACUCCGAUUUCAGUAGCGCCUGGGGGUGUGUGUGUGAGUCCCUCCAAAGGGUAGUCAGGCUGCCUGAACCAGUCAGCUUCCCAGCCAGGUUUCAGCCGGGCUAUGCCCCUGGGGCUGUGUGACCCUAGGCUAGUCACUUGGCCUCUCUGGUCCUCAGAACCCAUCUGGUACGAGAUAGGCUUCAAGAGCAGCCCAGUGCAGCUGGCCCAACUUUGGUGUCCCUGUGCCUGGGACAGUGCCUGGCUGGUAGUAGCAGGGGCUGGCAGUUGGAAGAGAAGGCGAUGCAAGGUUUUUCAGAGAAAUAAUUCCCAGAUUAUUGCCCUUGUGGGCCUGGGAGCCAAAGGAGGAGGCCGAAGGACACCCACAUUUCUGUGAGGUCUUGAACUUUGCUUGAGCUACCACCCCUGCCCCCAAAUCUCAAGAAAGGUAUGUCUGUUCAUCCCCGGCCUUCGCACUCUGCUGCCUCCAGCCCCAUCCCAAGUUUGAGAACUUCAGGCGGGUGAUCUCCAGAAGUCCAUGAUUCUGUUGUUUAUUGUGUGUGCGGGGUACAAUGCCAGGACCCUCCUCUGCACCACCCACCCAGUCAUCUCCUAAGGGCCCCAGAAUGGCAGGAGUGAGAGGGCACCUUACAGAACGCUGACCAAAGAGGUACAGAGGGCCGAGGCUGGCCUUGCCACUUGCUCCAGGGGCCCCGACUAACUGGGAACCACCCUUACCCAUCACCCCUGCUUCUGUAUGUGGGAGACUGAGCCAGGGUCACGGGGGGCAGUUGGGGCUCCCCAGAAUGAAGGCAGACGGGAGGUCCUUGCCCUGGACUGGGGACUAGGAGGGAACUGGGGUGUGACUCUUCCUGUGAUUAGGACAUUCUCUAGCAGGAAACUGUGGGCGCAGGGUGCACAGGCUGAGAGGCAGAAUGAGGGGAGCUACCCCCCACUGCA